AUAGGAUUAGUCAAAAUGGGAGUCCAUUGUGUGAGCGGUAAGAAAGUGGCCGUAAAAAUAGUCAAUCGCGAGAAGCUGUCCGAAAGUGUACUCCAAAAGGUGGAACGGGAGAUAGCCAUCAUGAAGCUGAUAGAGCACCCACAUGUCCUCGGAUUAUUCGAUGUCUACGAGAAUAAGAAAUAUUUAUACCUGAUUCUGGAGCACGUCUGCGGAGGAGAACUGUUUGACUAUUUAGUGAAGAAGGGUCGGCUCACCCCUAAAGAAGCGCGUCGUUUCUUCAGACAAAUCAUAUCCGCCCUCGACUUCUGUCACAGCCAUUCAAUUUGUCAUAGGGAUCUAAAACCAGAGAAUCUUCUGUUGGAUGAGAAGAAUAACAUAAAGAUUGCAGACUUCGGAAUGGCUUCUCUCCAAAUGGAGGGCUCAAUGUUGGAGACGUCGUGUGGAAGUCCUCAUUACGCUUCGCCUGAAAUUAUUAGAGGCGAGAAAUAUGAUGGGCGACAAGCAGAUGUUUGGUCCGUUGGUGUUAUACUCUAUGCUCUUUUAGUGGGUGCCUUACCUUUCGAUGACGACAACCUGAGACAACUGCUGGAGAAAGUGAAACGAGGGGUUUUCCAUAUCCCACACUUCGUGCCCCCUGAGUGUCAGGACCUACUCCGGGGUAUGGUUGAAGUGAACGCCAAUAAACGCAUUUCUUUAGCGCUGGUAACUCGACACCCAUGGGUUACGACCGGAAGUAAAAGCGAAUUAGAGCUCGAAUUGCCGAUGAAAGAAGUGGUUCAGACUCACAUAAUCCCGAGUGUGGAUGACGUGGAUCCCGACGUCUUAACAAAUAUGACAUCUCUGGGCUGUUUCAAAGACAAGGAAAAGCUUUUAAGGGACUUACUUUGCACCAACCACAACACCGAAAAAGUUAUAUAUUUCUUAUUAUUGGAUCGCAAGAGGCGUCGGCCUUGUUUUGAAGACGAGACCGAGUCUAUCAUCAGAAACCGAUCGGAAUCGGCGGAUCCGCCGCGAAAACGAGUGGAUGUCAGGCCGGGCGGCUCUUCCACUCCAAAACCUACUCCAGAAAUAUUGGCCGACGGCUCGCCUAUAACUCCUCGAAGAUUUCCCUAUGGUAUCAACUCAUCGACAAAAGUCUAUAUAAACUGCACUCCAAUUCAUAGGCGAAACGCAAACAGACGGACGAACGGCGCGACCAAUAAUUUGUUAGUCUCUCCCAUCAAUUCACCGAAACCGCACCGAACGGGAAAUCCUGAAGAACUCAUGGAUACGCCUCCCGGUUCGCCAUUAUCUCAACCCUAUUGGAAGUCACGACUGAAUACACUUAAAAAUAGUUUUCUCGGAAGUCCCAGAUUCCAUCGAAGGAAACUUCAGGUCCCACUCUAUGACGACAACAUGGGUCUCACUCCCGAGUCAUCGCCUGAGCUGACGAAGAGGUCGUGGUUUGGAAGCCUUAUGGGCACUGAGAGGGACGAGACUCAUGUCAUUUUGAUCAAAGACCGACAAUUGUCUGCCAUUAAAGCAGAUCUAAUCCACGCAUUCCUUUCUAUAUCAGACUUAAGUCACUCCGUGUUGUCGCCGAUGUCUUUCCGGGUUGAGUUCAAGAGGCCGGGCAGCACCGCAAUGUUUCAGAGGAAUGUCCGCUUCCAUGUGGACAUCACUUGUGCCACACCGCCCGCUGAUAAUGCCACCAAUGGAUCCAUCGAUAAGACUACCGACAAACCCACUAUUUAUUGCAUUACUUUCACAUUAAUCUCCGGUCCAUUGCGUCGAUUCAAGCGUAUAUGCGAUCACAUUCAGGCACAGGUGUUGGGCAGUCGUAGGGCUGGCGGUCAGCACUCGCCGCGAAUGGGGAGAAGGCCUACGAGAGAGUUAAGCGACACGUCUUCGUGCGGGUCCUGCGGGUCGGACAGUCUGUCGCCAACGCCCACACGACUGCACGUCUCGGAGGAUACGGUGAGUUUGGCGGCCGCUGUGGUGAACACGAGCACCACUAACCUGACGGCCGCCAUCUCCCGGUGUAAGUCAGACCAGGACGCGGCCAAAGACAUCUUCGAGAGAGAGGCCAAACUGUUGGCUGACAGGCGCCAGGAGAGCACCCAUCGGCUCAUCAAUAACUUAACGAACGGACGGCGCCUGAGUUUAGAGCCUAAGCUGCAAACCGACAAAGUAUGAGAUGACUAGUUAUUUAUGGAUCAAUUGGUUUCACGGAUUGCUUCGGAAUUCAAUUCCUAUUCAUCGAAAACAUCCACAAAAAUACAAAUAUUAAACACAAAAUGUUUUUUCUCUGACUUUCGAUUCGGUUAUUGAAAGACAAUUCAAUUUCUUGAUUGAAGCAUUGGUUUUGUAUUUUGGGAAAUAUUUUUUACAUCAUUAAAAGUGCAAUACAGUUGUGUUGGAUAUUAUUCGCGAACCGAACGGAUAUUAUUGUAAUAUUUGUUUAAUUCACCGAAGAAUCGAAACUUUAUAUUGAAAUUCAUUGAGAAUUAUGAGUGAAAAUCGACAACAAAUGCCAAAAACAUAUAAUAAUAACAAACGAACAGAUAUUCAAUGAAUGAUUACAAUUAAUUCAUAAACGAUUAGAUAAAUAUAAAAACAAUUAAAUUAUUUUCAAAUAUACUCUUAAGAAAAAAACAUGACUCAAUUAAACUAUAUUAUAUAUAAAAUAUUAAUUAUUUAAAUUAAUUGAGUCGUUCACACAAAUUAGGUUUUGAAAUAAUUUUAGAAGAAAUUAAUAAUUUUGAAAAUCAACAAAAAAUCUCCACACUCAUUUGAGCAAAUUAUUAAAUUAAUCUAAUUAUAAGCCAUUGGAUUCUGUGUUAAAAGUGCAUGUAUUAUAUAAGAG